AUGAGACCUCGAUUUGUCUCCUCCGCCACUGGCCUCGUCUGCCCGUGUCUGCAACCUCCCGCCGGUAUUGAGCUCGCCGCCGACCGCCUGGGACUGCUGCUGGACGGAUGCGCGUCUCCUCUUCUUCUUCCCACCCUCCGCCGCAUACACUCGCAGCUCCUCACCGGCGGGUUCCUCCCUCCCAACCCUUCCCUGGCGAUCAAGCUCAUGAGGGCGUACUGCGCCUGCGGCGACCCCACCGCCACCCGCAAGUUGUUCGACAAAAGUCCCCACCGGAAUGUCAUCUUCUUCAACGUCAUGAUCAGGAGCUACCUCAGCCAUGGCCGCCACCGGGAUGCCCUCUGCGUCUUCUCCAGCAUGACCGCUCACGGAGUCAGGCCUGAUCAUUACACUUAUCCCUGCCUCCUCAGCGCCUGCUCGGCUGCGGAGCAACUGCUCGGAGGUCUCCAGGUGCACGGCGCCGUCACCAAGAUUGGGCUCGACUCCAAUCUCUUCGUCGGCAACACGCUCAUCACCAUGUACUCGAGGUGUGGCCGGCUACGCGAGGCGGAGCAGGUCUUUGCCGGCAUGGCCUACAGGGACGCGAUCUCAUGGAACUCGGUGAUCGCGGGGUGCGCCCGGAUGGGCGAACCCAGCAGAGCGUUGGAGGUCUGUAAAGAAAUGGUUCGAUCCGGCGGCGCGAGGCCGAACGCGGCCACCCUCGCGAGCCUCUUGUCGGCGGUGACCGACAUCAGUACCGGCGACGUCACCUUUCUCCGGGAAAUGUUCGACGAUAUGCCUCAUAGAGGCUUGAUCUCCUGGAACGCCAUGAUCGCCAUAUACGCCAACAACUCCAUGGCCGCAGAGGCGGUGGAGCUUUAUCGGCGGAUGGAGCUGGAAGGGGUGGAGCCAGACGCCGUCACCUUCGUUAGCGUGCUCCCCGCCUGCGGCGACCUAUCGGCGCUCGCCCUCGGGGCCCAGAUUCACGAUCUCGUCCGGAGGAAGAAGAACCUCUGCCCGAACCUGUUCCUGGAGAACGCGCUCGUCGACAUGUACGCCAAAUGCGGGCAUCUGCGGGCCGCAAGAAGCGUCUUCGACGAAAUGACGCAGCGAGACGUCGUCUCCUGGACCUCGAUGGUCUCGGCCUACGGCAUGCACGGCCUCGGCGCCGACGCCGUCGCCCUCUUCGAGAGCAUGCGAGAAUCGGGCCUGAAACCCGACCACAUCGCAUUCGUGGCGGUCCUUUCGGCGUGCAGCCACGCCGGCCUGCUGGAAGAAGGGAGGCGCUACUUCAGGUCCAUGACGGACCAGUACCAGCUGACCCCCACGGUGGAGCACUUCACCUGCAUGGUGGACCUUCUGGGGCGCGCCGGCCGGCUCGAGGAGGCCUACGGCUUCGUGAAGCAGAUGCCCUUCAAACCAGACGAGCGGGUAUGGGGCGCCCUGCUCAGCGCUUGCAGGCUCCACUCGAACAUAGCCGUAGGGGUGGCGGCAGCUGACCAUCUCUUCAAGCUUGCCCCCGCGCAGUCCGGCUACUAUGUGCUUCUGUCGAACAUCUACGCACGCGCCGGCCGGUGGGGCGGCGUCGCGGCGGUGCGGGCCGCCAUGCGGCGGCGCGGGGUGAAGAAGACCCCCGGGUGGAGCAACGUGGAGCUCGAGGGCCGAGUCCACACCUUCCUGAUGGGCGACCGGUCUCACAUUCAGUCGCCGGAUAUUUACGCGGAGCUGGCGGCGCUGGUGGGGAGGUUGAAGGAGGCGGGGUACGUAGCGGAGACGGAGUCGGCCCUCCAUGACGUGGAGGAGGAGGACAAGGAGGGCCACCUCGCCGUCCACAGCGAGAAGCUCGCCAUCGCCUUCGCCCUUAUCAACACGGCCCCGGGGACGCCCAUCAGGAUCACCAAGAACCUCCGCGUCUGUGGGGAUUGUCACUCCGCUUCGAAGAUCAUCUCCAAGAUAACUGGGAGGGAGAUAAUUCUCAGAGACGUCCACCGGUUCCAUCACUUCGAGAAUGGAUUAUGCUCCUGCAGAGAUUACUGGUGA